UUAAGGCAAUGAUAUCUCUUACAACUUAUAGUAGUCAGCACAAGUCAAAAGCAGAGAAAAAGAAACAAAGCAAGAUUCAAAAAACAGCUCCUCUGCGACACUUCGAGUUCCCUCUCCUUUUUCGCUCCGGUCUUCGUCAUGGCGGAAUCUCAAUUCCCUAACUCUUAUCUCGAACACUCCAAAUUCCUAGGCCCAAAUUCUUGGCCUUGCAGUUUCUCAAACUACGAAGAAAAUCCCAAAAGUAACAUGAAUACUGAAUACGAAAAUGUACACGAAGAUGAAUUCGAUUCGGCACUGUGCCUUUCGGGUUCAAGAUUGAUUAAAUCUGGUUACAUAAGCUCCCAAAACACAGACAAUGCUGUAAUGUUUUUAAAUGCUGGAGGUGGGACUGUAAAGAAAGAAGGAACGUGCACAAUCGAUGUUUGUGGUGAUAGCUUUUUCGAAGGAGGGGAUGUCUUGAGAACCGGUGAAAGCAUAAAUGAUGGCGGUGACAUGCCAUCGAUUUAUCAAUCAGCACGUUUUGGAAACUUCACUUAUCGCUUCAACGAUUUUUCCCCGGGUGACUAUUUGGUUGAUCUUCAUUUCGCAGAAAUAGUAAACACCAACGGUCCUAAAGGAAUGAGAGUUUUUGAUGUUUUCAUUCAAGGAGACAAGGUAUUGUCUGAACUUGAUAUAUACUCUAUUGUUGGAGCAAACAAGCCGUUACAAGUGGUGGAUAUUAGAGUUUCAGUGGGAGAGGACAGGGUGAUCGUUAUAAAGUUUGAAAGAGUUUGUGGAAGCCCAAUAGUUAAUGGGAUUUGCAUAAAACGGGCAACAGAAUUACCUGUAGAUAAAGCAUCUCAAGUGAAAUGCGAUAAUUUAGUAUGCAACAAUUGCGCUGCUGAAAUGGAAAUUUCAUCACCUCAGAAGAAACAUAUGAGGAUGAAAUUUACAGCAAAGUAUGAAAAGAAGAUACAAGAGCUGAAGAAUCUGUGCCAGCUGAAGACAGAUGAAUGCUAUGAGGCUUGGAUGUCAUUAACAGCUACAAAUGAGCAACUAGAGAAGGUCAGGAUGCAACUUGACAACAAGUUCUUCCAAAAUACGUAUUUAGAUCAAACCUUGGAAAGACAAACUGCAAAACUGAAGGAUGUUUCUACUAAAUAUAAAUGUGAUAAGAGAUUUUGGAUUGCUUCAAUCAACGAGUUGGAGAGAAAAAUAAAGACCAUGAAGGAAGAGCAUUCUCAUCUCUCUAAUAAGGCUCAUGAGUGUGCUGAUUCAAUUCCACAAUUAAACAAGAUGAUAUUUGCAGUUCAAGCAUUGGUUGCACAGUGUGAAGAUUUAAAAUUGAAGUUCAAUGAAGAGCAGGCAGUGAGGAGAAAGCUGCAUAACCAGCUAGAGGAAGCAAAAGGAAACAUUAGAGUGUUCUGUAGGUGCCGUCCAUUAAGUAAGGGGGAGGCGUCAGCUGGGUAUGCAACAGUUGUAGAUUUUACUGCAGCUAAGGAUGGAGAUAUAGGGAUACUUACAGGCAGCUCCGCGAGGAAAAAUUUCAAAUUUGAUCGAGUUUAUACACCUAAGGAUGAUCAAGUUGAUGUGUUUGCAGAUGCUUCCCCUAUGGUAACGUCAGUGUUAGAUGGCUACAAUGUUUGUAUAUUUGCAUAUGGGCAGACAGGGACAGGGAAGACUUUUACCAUGGAAGGUACAGAGCAAAAUCGAGGAGUGAACUAUAGGACAUUAGAGCAGUUGUUUGAAAUUGUUGACGAGCGGAAAGAAACUUAUACAUACGGUAUAUUUGUUAGUGUGCUUGAAGUCUACAAUGAGCAAAUUAGAGACUUGCUUGCAACUGCACCAACAUCGAAAAAGCUGGAGAUAAGGCAGGCUUCAGAGGGGUUCCAUCAUGUGCCUGGGAUAGUGGAAGCCAAAGUUGAAAAUAUUAAGGAGGUUUGGAAUGUACUGCAGGCUGGAAACGGUGCAAGAGCUGUAGGGUCAAACAAUGUGAAUGAGCAUAGUAGCCGAUCUCAUUGCAUGCUCUGCAUAUUGGUAAGAGCAAAGAAUUUGAUCAGUGGUGAAUGCACCAAGAGCAAGCUAUGGCUUGUGGAUUUGGCCGGUAGUGAAAGGCUAGCAAAAACUGAUGUGCAAGGAGAACGGCUCAAGGAAGCCCAAAACAUCAACAGAUCACUUUCCGCUUUAGGAGAUGUGAUUUCUGCUUUGGCAACCAAAAGCAUCCACAUCCCAUAUAGGAAUUCCAAGCUCACACAUCUACUCCAAGAUUCCUUAGGGGGUGACUCUAAAACCUUGAUGUUUGUACAAAUCAGCCCUUCAGAGCAGGACUUAGGUGAGACCCUAAGUUCUUUAAAUUUUGCAAGUCGGGUUCGAGGGGUUGAGUUGGGUCCGGUAAAGAAGCAGGUUGACACUGCUGAGCUUCAAAAGUUGAAACAAAUGCUUGAUAAAGCAAAGCAAGAAUUGAGAUUAAAAGACGAAGCUCUAAGAAAGUCAGAAGAGAACUAUCACAACUUAGAGGGUAAAGCCAAAGGUAGGGAUCAGCUUUGCAAAAUCCAAGAAGAAAAGCUCAAUGAGCUUGAGGACCAACUUGCAUCCAAGACAGAGUUAUGUAGACAACUAGAGAGGCAGUUGUUGCAACUUUCAGAAAGAAUGAUGGAGAAGGAAGAAAUUUGCUCCAAUUUUCAGCUGAAGGUUGAGGUGGCUGAGAACAAACUGAAAGAGCGUGAGCAGACAGUGUCCUUGACUCUACAGCGCAAGGUCAAGGAGCUUGAGGGCAUAUUGAAAGAGAGAACACGGGAGUUUGAGCUUCAUUCAGGGAUGCUACAGCAAAAGGUUAAAGAACUUGAAAACAAGCUGAAAAUGGAGGGAGAAAGUGGAGGAUCUCUAUUGCAUCAACAAAAGGUUAAUGAACUCGAACAAAAGUUAAGACAACACCAGGAAGAGCCUAUGCGGCCAGUACAUUCUGCAGAGAAGUUACUAGGCACACCUAUCGCAACACCAAGAACAGAAACCAUAUCUGGCAUGGAUCCUCCAAGUCUAAGGAGCUUAAACUGUAAUAGCAGAACGACGAAUAUGGGGUCUGACUUAUUGAAAGGUACUGAUUCCCUUCGAGAGUUGAGGAGAAAAAAGCAGGUACAGAGCAAAGGGACCGAGAACAAUCUUUUACUAUCAUCUUCUCUGCUUGACAAGAAGACGUUAUCAGCUGAGUCAAAUAAGACGAGGCAAAUUGACACAUCUCGAGCAUUAGCUAGGAUUACAAGGAGUACAAAGUCAGUCAAUACUGUUGGAAAAGCCUUGUCCAGCUACAAAAUCAACCGAGAUCAGGUUACAGGACUUAGAGAGAGCAGCAGCAAGUUGAAGAUGUGGUUAAGAUGAUAGGGGAGUGGAUGUGAUGUUUAUAUUGUGUUAGCCUUCGUUCUCUCCCUCCCAAGGAUCUUAUCUUACACUAAUGUAUAAUCAAGUACUAAGUUUACCUCAUUGUUACCAUUUUUUGUUUAAAUUAAAGUUUGGCCCAAAACAAAAAAAUUCAUGCCAAGUUUUCCUCAAUUUUCUUGAAGGCAUAACAGUAAAAGUGAGUAAACAUAAGUAUACAAUCUA